GAAGUGGAAGUGUAAAAAUGUCAGAGGUACGGAAUGCACAUUGGGAGAAUCAUAACAAAAUAUUGAUCGGAGGGCUUCAGAGACAGUUUGAACAAAAAGAGCUGUGUGAUUGCAUAAUUGUGGCUGAAGGCCAAAGCCUGGAAGCACACAAAGUUAUUUUGGCAGCAUGUAGCCCUUUUUUUAAGUCUUUGUUUCUUCAAUCACGGGGGAAAGACGUAUUUGUUCUACACAGAGAUAUUAAAUUUCGAGAACUGAAAACGUUAAUUGAAUUUGUUUAUUAUGGCGAUCUGCGUUUCUGUGACGACACAAUUGAAGAGCUCAUGAUUGCAGCCGAAAUAUUACAAAUCAGAGGGCUUCAAGGACGAUCAAAGGCUUGCUUUCAGAGCACGAAGAAGGAGGUUGGUGAAGGAGAAUGUAGUACGAAGUAUUGUAAAAACGUACGUUUCGAUAGUUAUCAAAAAAAUAAAAAACCUUCCCAUCACCAAAUAACUGUAACAGAUGGAUCUGUGCCGAAAGAAGGAAACGAAUGGUCUGAGUGUUAUAACGAAUGUUAUCCGCAAGGAACAGACCCAAAUCACGUUGAGACACUUGAGGUACCUCAGGUCCCGGGCGUGUUGACAAGGCAGCAAGGUAUAACUGCUCAGAUAUUGGAAAUGAGAGAAGGGGUGACUUCAGAUUCUGAGAAUAUUAACUGGACUGCCAAGAAUAACAUUUAAAUAUGGCGUCUGAAGAGGAACGAAAACGUAUUGAAAAAUAGUUUUCUCUUAUAAUCGAUGAAUAUGAAGAUGACGAGAUAAUUUGUGGAAGCAUCUCAGAAACAGAUGUUUUGAAAAUUGAAGAUGAAUAUUGUGAUUCUGAACACAAUAUAGAAAAUGACGCUCCUGAGAAGCAACAGGAUAGAAGCGAUGAAAACAACAAGAUAAUAAGUGGAGAGGCUUAUGUGGAUAUCCAUUUCUCAGAAUGCUCUGUUAUUUUACGAGAUGUUUGGAAAGACGGGAUUUUGCAAAGAGACAAGAAAGGUGAUUUAAUAGUUUCAGGAAUAAAGUGUGACUUGCACCCCUUGGUAUCUUCAUCAAAAAAGAUGCAAUCAGCUGUGCAUGAUAAAGCUGCCUGUGUUUCAAAAGUUGAUGUUAAUAUGUGUAUAGAGGAGCAAGAUCUUAAUGUUUCUCAUACAACUUGUGCAAAUCUAGCUCAACAGACUAACAUUUCUGACCAGACCAAUUCAAACUGCAGGGAGAGUGGUGCUUUGCCGAGUAACACCACAAACCAUAUUAAAACCCGAACCACGGAAAAUGAACUUAACUGUUUUGAAUGUGGUAAAAAUUUUAAAUGUGCUUUCAAUUUAGAGAAUCACUAUUGGUCCCAUGCAGUAGAUCGCCCAUUUAUUUGUGAGAUAUGUGGAAAGAGUUUCAGUGUAAAGGGAAACUACAAACGCCAUGUGUACAUGCAUUCAAAUGAGCGCCCCUAUGUGUGUCAAGGCUGUGGCAAACGUUUCAAAGUGGUUACCAGUCUACAAUUGCAUUAUCGCCAACAUUGUGGGAGGCACUCAUAAACUGCAUCAUGCCCAGCCUAACUAAAAAUUAUACUUGCAAAAAACUAUUUUUAGACACAAAUAGAUUUUGUACAUCUUAAUUAAAGAUGAUAUUUUAACAUAUUUAAUUUUGUAAUGUGACUGAUGAUAAUAAGUGAUGUUUGCUGCAUUCUGGAAACAUCCUAUUUUAAACAGACUCAAAUUUAGUUUUUUAAUACUUAUUAGCUUUAAUAUUGUUUAUUACUUGUUUUAAAAGAAAAAUUUUAAAAGACUGACUAUUGUGAUACCAUUGUUCACUGUUGUACUCAUUUCUUAACUAUAUUCUAUGCACUAGAGGUUGAGAUGAUGUAAAACAAAUAUCCUGAAUUGAACACACAAUUGAAAGAGUACGUGCUGUUGUUUUAUGUAGUAUUUUAUAUAUUUUAUUAUAUAAAUUGUGUUUUGUAAUUGUUUUGAAUGUAAUUUUUCAAUGGGAAUUUUUUUAAUCUUACUUUGUCCUUGUGACGAAAAGGUUUCUUUAUAGUAUAUACAAUUAUAAAACAAUCUUGCUAUAUCUGAAACCUUGAUAUUAAUGUUGAAAUUAUUUUCUGAAGUAUAUUUUUAUAUACUCCAUAGUGGACAAAUGUCCUUUAAAAAUGAAAAUCCUGAUCUUAUGUUUUAUUAUCUUCACCAUUGAGUUUGUUUUAUUGCUAUGCAAUUGAAGAAAUAUUAAUGGUCACAACUUCGUUUAUUUCUUCUUUUUUGUUUUCUUAAAACAAUAUUAAUUAUCAAUCUUAUAAAAUUACAUAAAAGAAAUUG